CAGUAGCCAAUCGAGCUGCUACGGAGUACCACUGACUGAUAUCAUGGCACUCAUCGUGCGUGUCUUUGGCAUAAUUAUGCUUGCAGAGAGUCUAAGCAGAAAGCGAGCAGAUAGUAAUUAAUUUGUUUCAUUGAGGGCUUUGCUCUCGGAACCAGCGCUCCUUUUCGCAAGGCAAACGAACCUUAUCGUGAUUUGUGUGCUACACCCAAUUGAUCCUGGAUUAUACACCAAAAUCUGGGUUUUGUUGGCCGGAUUUGAAUUUACCAUUGUAAUUGAGAACAUUUCCCAGUGCUGGUUUUCAACAGUGUUGCAACCAGAAGAGACGAGCACAAUGGUGCUUCAGUUUAAGAUGUCAAUCCACACUGUACUGUCAUUGGUCAUCUGCUACUAUGCACUCACCGGUACUACAGUGAUGAGUUGUCCAGCGACAUGUUGGUGUGUUGGUGCACCUAGUUACACUGUAGAUUGCCACAAUCGCGGAUUAACAAUGGUGCCUGGUGGAAUACCGAAUACAACAAGAUAUCUAUAUUUGCACAUUAAUCAGAUCCAGACUUUAAGUGACGGUGUGUUCUCUGGUCUACCAAACCUCCGAGAACUAUAUUUGAACAAUAAUCAGAUCCAGAAUUUAAGUGACGGUGUGUUCUCUGGUCUACCAAACCUCCGACUACUAUAUUUGUACAAUAAUCAGAUCCAGAAUUUAAGUGACGGUGUGUUCUCUGGUCUAACAAACCUCCAAACACUAUAUUUGUGGAGUAAUCAGAUCGAGACUCUAAGUGACGGUGUGUUCACUGGUCUCACAAACCUCCGAGAACUAAAUUUGUACAAUAAUCAGAUCCAGACUUUAAGUGAUGGUGUGUUCUCUGGUCUACCAAACCUCACAACACUACGGUUGGAGAAUAAUCGGAUCCAGACUUUAAGUGACGGUGUGUUCUCUGGUCUAACAAACCUCCAAACACUAUUUUUGAACAAUAAUCAGAUCCAGACUUUAAGUGACGGUGUGUUCUCUGGUCUAACAAACCUCCAAACACUAUAUUUGGAUAGUAAUCAGAUCCAGACUUUAAGUGACGGUGUGUUCUCUGGUCUAACAAACCUCGAUUAUCUAUGGCUGAGGAGCAAUCCUCUUAUUCUGAAACCAAGUCUCUAUGUCAAUUUAUAUGGUAUCGGCACUAUCUCCACCAACGUCUGUUCCGGGUGUGUCAUUCUUGACUCACGGGUUGCGGUGUACUUGAAUCAAGUGUCAAAGUCCUGUGCACCUGGACAUUUUCAGAAGUUCAACAAUAACGGAAGCGCUGACUACUACUGCCGUUGUAAUGAGUCCGUAGCAGUUAUUACGCCGACCUGUUCAUCACCUGGAUACACAUGCCUAGCUAAUGGACAAUUUCCAAUUUGUUUAGGAUACACACAAUGCCAAAAAGCAGGUUCUACUUACAUUUGCACUUGUGAGAACGAAUUGAGCCUGAAUCAAUCCUACUGUUACAUAGCUGAAGACUGCCAAAACACAGCAGAAGACUGCGGAAAUGGAAACUGCACCAUGGACUACUCACCUGAAUCCCGAAUAAAUAGUGAGUACAAUUUGAGGGAAGGUACCAGACACGGAUAA